UUGUUACUCUCUCUCUCACUCGCUCACUUUUUGUUCCAGCUGCUGUACAAAUCCUGGCUUUCCUUUGCAGACUUAUUACUCUGCUCUGCUCUACUCUACAUCUCUGCGCCUGGAGACACAUGCAAACUUUAAGUGUCAUCACACAGCGACACACACACCUCUCCUGGAGUUCCUGCUGAACCAGAGGAGGAGGAAAGAGGCUGGAAGAAAUUGGCCUAAAGUCCUGCAGCCGCCUUUGAACUGCUGGGAUGAGGUGGUGGCUGGUGGUGGCCAGUCUGUGGCUGCUGGUGGCCUUGACCAUCCCUGAUGCUGAGGCCAGAAACCGACCACGAAACCAGAAUGGUGAGAUUCUUAGAGUGAGGAGGAGGAGGAAGGAUGGACAAGGUUUUGGCCGGGCUAGAGCGGGGCGAACUAGACCUCUGAAGAUCAGACUGGUUCCUGGUCCCAGCAUCCCAGUGGUGCCUGUAGAAGGAAAUGCUCUUCUCCUACAACCCUAUAAGAACAUCCAAGAACAGCACGCCACCUACAACGUCAUCCCAGGUAAGCAGGGCCAGUGUGUGUACCAGGGUCUGACCAUGUUUGACCAGGCCGUCUGGUCCCCAAAGCCCUGUGUGACUUGUCUGUGUACCGGAGGGCGGGUGGUUUGUGAUGAGAGCACCUGUCCCGAAAUACACUGUCAUUUCCCCUUCACCCCUGCGGGCGAGUGCUGCCCUGUCUGCAUGGAGCCAGAACCUGACCUCAGCCUUGACAUUUCUGGUGACUCCCCAGUUCCCAAUGACCCCAGUGAUGUCGUGACUCCACUGACCCAAGAGGAGAUCCAGAAAAUCCUCUGGAGGGAGGCAGAGCAGCAUCGUGAGGAGGAAGAACGCGUGAAGAAGAAGGAGGAAGCGAGAAGAAAGAGAGAGAAAGAGCGGCACGAGGAAGAGAAUGAGAGGCGCGAGAAAGAGAACGAGAGGUACGAGGAAGAGAUCGAGAGGUACGAGGAAGAGAACGAGAGGCGCGAGGAAGAGAUCGAGAGGCGCGUGGAGGAGAACGAGAGGUACGAGGAAGAGAUCGAGAAGUACGAGGAAGAGAACGAGAGGCGCGAGGAAGAGAACGAGAGGCGCGAGGAAGAGAACGAGAGGCGCGAGGAAGAGAACGAGAGGCGCGAGGAAGAGAACGAGAGGCGCGAGGAAGAAAAGGAGGAGCAGGAGGAGGAGGUGUGGCUGAGAGGAGAUGUGUUUCAAAUGCUUCCAAAAGAGCCUGAAGAACCUGAGGAACCAGACCUCCUUCCUGCUCCGAUUCCAAGACCUCCAGUUGCUACAGAGGAGGAACAGGUAGAAACCAAAGAGACGGAAGAAGGGGAGGAUAGGGAGAUCAUAGUUGUAAACAGAGGAGGCCUUCCUCCAGGCUGUGACAUCUCUGACGUUACUGCCACAUGUGAGGAUGCCAAACUCACACACUUCCCUCCUCUGGCCAUUCCUGAGCUGAAAUCUCUCAGUCUGGAGGGCAACAGCAUCAGCCGCAUCCCAGCAGAUGCCUUUAAUGGAAUUCCUAACCUGGAGUGGAUCAACCUGAAGAAAAACAAACUUACUUCUGCUGGCAUUGACGCUAAAGCCUUCAAAGGUCUGAAGAAGCUAACACGUCUGUAUUUGGAUGGAAACCUUUUAGACGUUGUGCCAUCUGACCUUCCCCCAACCCUGCAGGAGCUGAAGAUCAAUGAAAACAGACUGAGAGGGAUAGAUGAAAACAGCUUCCAGGAUUUGAGCAGCCUGGUUAUUCUGGAGCUAGAAGGAAAUCUGCUGAGUGAGGGGAAUGUAGAUCCUCUGGCCUUCGCUCCCCUAAUCCAGCUUUCCUACCUCAGACUGGGGAGAAACCAUUUCCGUACUGUACCACAAGGCCUUCCCAAGUCAUUGCUGGAACUCUAUUUGGAGAACAACCUUAUUGAAGAAAUCUCAGAGACCGUUUUCAAUCAGACCAGCAAUCUGAACAUAGUUUCUUUAAGACACAACAAACUGGAGGAGACCAGGAUUGCUCCACUGGCAUGGAUCAACCACAGAAAUUUGGAGUCCAUUGACCUUUCAUAUAAUAAGCUUUACAUGGUUCCUUCAUAUCUACCAAGAUCUCUAGUUCACUUGGUGCUCUUGGGAAACAAUAUUGAGAGGAUACCUGGUUACGUUUUUGCCCACAUGCAACCUGGUUUAGAGUACCUCUACCUCUCCUACAACAAACUGGAUGGAGAAGGGACUGAACCAGAGUCGUUCUUUGGGGCCUACCACUCCCUGGUAGAACUGUGUUUGGACCACAACCAGCUGGUUGUUGUGCCAUCUGGCAUCAACGAAAUGACCAACUUACACUUCCUCAGACUCGACAAUAACAUGAUCAGGAGUAUUCCUGAUGAAGCCAUCUGUGACCCAAACCGCAGCGGGGACUCCACCUUGGUGGCUGUAAGAUUGGAAAACAACUACAUCGACCCACAAAAAAUCUCACCAAUGGCCUUUUCAUGUGUAAGAUCUGCAUCAAGUGUGGUCUUAAAACCCCAGAAAACCAAGUGAACACACAUAAACAAAAUAAAAAACUGAGAGACAGUGGACUUUAAUCUGCCAAAAGAAGUCAAAAUCUUCUUUCAUCAUUUUUUUCUGUUACUAAUAUCAUACAAAUAGUAUAAUACAAAUAAACCUAAAACAUUACUAGAAAACGCGUUAGUCUGAUGUCAAAAUCUGACACACAUUCAAACAUGGUUACUGUUGUAUGGUAAGAUGCUAUUUGAACAUUUUCUACAACUUUAGACCAAACACAUGGUUUGGUAUCUGGUAAGCUGUCCUGCUCUGUCACUUGGCCUUAAACUGGUGUGAAAGUGACAGAACACAUCUGUCCACUCUCAGAAAAUCUUCUUCUACUUUUGGCUGGUCCCUCUAGAGGGUCGCCGCUGUGGAUCACUGUGUAAAAGGGAAGGAAUUCACAGUAAAAUGAAAAUCCUAAUAAAGAAAUGGAAAGAAUUCUAUGAAGUGCGACUGCAAGCACAGCGCAUUAUUUUUAACAACCUCAGCACCUUCAUGUUUCAUUUCUCAGCAGCAAUUCUUCCACUGCCUGUAUUCAUAAAAACCCUGACAUGGAAAGCUCACACGUGACACAUCCCCUAAGAUGAUUGUGUUAAACCAAGUGCUGCUGGAGCCAAUUCCUCAAACAGAUCGAGAUGAGAUGUAAUGACAUGCCUGUUCCUCAACAUUUUAUCUUUAUCUUGCUUACGUGAAUGGACAGGGCAGUGACCUCCUCAAUUGUAGUUAAGUCUGAUUUAUGUUUGAUGCAAAAAUUAAGUGGGAGUCUUGCUAUUGCAUGUGUUAUGAUUUACAAUUCAGCAUCAUCAAGAUGAAUGCAUCAUAUGUGAUAUUGAGCUUUUGUUAUGGUAUAUCCUGCACAGCAACUGUUUCACUUCAUUUUGUGGUUAAAAGAAUUCACAAUGAAUUCACAAUUCAUUACAAAGUUAUGACUGCAUCUGUAUCUGGGUUAACUUCUAUUUCUUCUUAUCCUGCUUUAUAUAGUAUGUGUCUUAACAUGGGUUUAUUUAAUCCCAGGUGGGAGCAGAGUAUGCUAAAGAACUUAUGGAGAUUAUGGCCAAACAUUUCUGACUUUAAUACUGCUGCAUGAAAAUAUCUUAUUUUUCUUACUGUAAAUUUGUACUUCUGCGUUUUCUUUUAACUGAAUCUUCUUCUUUCCCAGACAGAAACACACAAGACUUUUAGAUAAUUUAAACUCUUUUACUGUGCAUCAGCUUUCAAGCUGUGCAAAUUGUAAUAUAAUGUAUUACCACUGUGUACAUGAAAGGCUCGUUCUACCCUAACGUUGCUUUGAAAAGCUCUCACUAGAGGUCCAAAACACUCAACAAUUUACUUUAGAUUUUUAAU